AUGUAUCCACACUCCUCUUCUUCUUCCCGAACCGUCUCCCCGUCUUCGAGUGAUGAAGACGACUUCGUCCAGAGACGGAAGGAAGCUCUCAACGCUCGUUCGACGUGCACCACUCCUUCGUUUAAUCAGUCGAACAAAUUUUCGAAAUGCCAAAUUUCGGCAGCGGAGGCACCUUCGUGUCCUAUCCUCCAGCAGGGCAAAGGCUUCGGGUCGCUCCGAAACUACACAGACUACAAAAGCACUCUCGGCUCGUCGGAGGUAUUGCCUAAGACGGUCUCACGCAAGCCGUCCAGGCUGUUUCUGAAGCUGAAGCCGUCCAAGAGCAGUUUCAAAUCCAACGAUGAGGUUUCCCUGGUCACCACCACCUCCUCCUCCUCCAGUAGCUCCCAUACGCCAGACUUGAACGAUAAUCCUUUCCCCCUUCCCCCGAUGUUCUCCCCUUGCACUUCUCCUAUCGACGAAUAUUUCCAAGAGAGGGUGUCUGCGCCACCCCAAGCCCGCUUCAGGAUCCGGCGCAAACCCGUUCCUGCUUACCCUGAGACUGAAGACCUCUCUAGUUCCAGUGCAGAAUCUUCUGCAUCGGAAACGGAUGGCUUCGAUUCUGAUGACCUCGGAUCUCCUCAACUCGUCGGCCCCAAUGUUUUCAUUGCCUACGACGCGGAACCGGUAACUGCGGCAACAAGCGCAUUUACCCAUGUCGUGCGCAUCACUGGCUCGGCCUUACGUGCAGUCUCGUUUAAUUCGCAGACCACUGCACGUACGCUUACCGUGUCUGUCGGCUCACCGGGCUCUUCUUCCGCGAGCUCGUUCAUGAGCGAGCUGUCGAAUUACCUGCCUGUGAUCGCCGACACGCACCAACACAUCGACUUCUCUCACUCGAAAACCCCACAUCGGAAGCUCUACGUACGGCGGAAGCCGGUUCCCGUAUUUUUGAAUGCCUUCGAGAAGGAGGAUGAUGAGAUCACGUUAGAGGAUUCUCUGCUCGACAUGCGAGGCAAGAAACCCUGGCCGUCGAUUUCUUACUCGGAUCUCCUUGCGACGCAAUCUGUCCUUCCGUCGUCCGAGCUUCUCGAUGUUGCACAUCUUCUCUCGGAUCCUCCCUUUGACGACGACCAAUCUGAAUUUCUCGUCACUCCUGUCGUACUACAGCGCAGGCACAUCCAGUCUGUCCUCGACUUCCUCCGCCCACAUCCCUUUGCUCCCGACGCACGCAAGCGUGUCUUGUUUGUUGUCCCCCGGGACCGACAGCUGGCACUCGAGGGUCUCCUCCUGGCCGCUGCUUACGUGACCCACGCAGAACGGCGCAACUUGGAUUCGGUUUUGCGCAAGUUCGAUCGUAUCUCGGGAACUGUUGUUCCGCCGUGGAGGCUAUUCCGUGGAGAUGAAGAUGAGAUUGCCAUGUCCCAUCUCGAGCAGUUGAUCUCUACAGUGUGGGACCACUUACAAUGA